AUGACCACUCCUAUGCACCCAUCUACUUCUUUAGAAAAAGAUGAAAAUGGGAAAUCUGUUUCUGAGAAAGAGUAUCAAGGAAUGAUUGGUUCUCUGCUGUAUUUAACUGCUAGUAGACCUGAUAUAGUGUUUGCAAGUGCUGACACACACUCUUCAGCCCCCCAAAAUGCUUUUCCUCUUUCUAAAAACAGUUUCCAUUGGGCAGCAAUGUCAUCAUUAUUUUCCUUUUCUUUUCCUCUCCUCAAGUCAGAAAAUCUGUUUUUGUCUCUCUCAUCUCUUCAUCUUCUUUUCUUUGUUUUCUCCCCAAAAGCUGCAUUGCAUUUCUCUCUAAAUACCACUCUUCCUAUUCAUCUUCUUCACUCUCAAUCUUCCAUCUACAGAACAACUAUGGCGCGAACCAAACAAUCAGCACACAAAAAUGCUUCUCUUUGCACACCAUACUCUUCAUCUUCUUCAUACGAAUCUAUGGAGCGCUCACCUUCUCCACCACCUCGACCAACACCACCACACACCUCCUCUGCCUCUCCUCAUUCUAACACAUACCAAGAAAUCCUCAAUCUCAAUCCUCUGUCUACUCUUCUUCCACCACUGUAUACUCGUCCCACACCAAACAUUGCUCAAAUGCCUCCACAUUUACGCACUCAAACUACUCCUCGACGAUGCUCCGUGAGAGUUCAAUCUGGAAUUGGAACUUCAAAACCUUUGAACCCUAAACCCCAUUACAUCAUUAUCUUAGGUUCUAAGACUGAUGAUUCCUCUGAUUCUUGCCCUCCAUCAGCAACAACACCACCAAAUAAUCCAACAUCAACAUCAGAAAAGGCACCAACAAACACUAAACCUACCACACCUUCCAAAUAUGCUUUCUCCUCUAAACCCUCACAAUCAACUCCCCCACACCAAAAACGGAGAUUGAUCAAUGAAAUUGUCUCCCCUCUUACUACACAAAAUGAACCUCCUCUCAAUCCAAACCACAAACAAAACCCAUGA